AUGAGCAAAACUUUCCGUCAACCGCAAAGAGAGUUGAAUCCGCCUAUGAUGGAUGUUGUGAAGAAGGAGAUCCUGAAACUUCUUGAAGUUGGAGUGAUUUAUCCCAUUUCAGAUAGCAAUUGGGUUAUUUUCAGAUUGCGAUUGCCCCGGAGGAUCAAGAAGAUGACUUUUACAUGCCCAUUUGGAACUUUUGCAUACCGCCGUAUGCCCUUUGGCCUUUGCAACGCCCCUGCCACUUUCCAAAGGUGUAUGGCGCUGUUUGGGUCAAAGGAUUGGAAAAGCAUCUCAGCCAUUUAUGCUUCCAGGAUUUUGAAUGAUGCCCAGAAAAAUUAUUCCACCACUGAGAAAGAACUUUUAGCUGUUGUUUUUGCUUUAGAAAAGUUUCGAUCUUAUUUGCUUGGUACUAAAAUAGUUGUUUUUUCUGAUCAUGCAGCUUUGCGUUAUUUGAUGACGAAGAAAAAGGCAAAACCGAGAUUAAUAAGGGCUCAAAGAGAUAAGAUGAAGAGUGAUGCCAAAUACUAUGUGUGGGAUGACCCCUACUUAUGGAAGCAUUGUGCAGAUCAAGUAAUAAGAAGGUUUGGAAUUCCAAGAGCUCUAAUCAGUGAUCGAGGCACUCACUUUUGCAAUCGAACUGUGGAGGCUUUGCUGCGAAAGUAUCAUGUAACCCACAAAGUGUCUACUGCCUAUCAUCCGCAAACUAGUGGACAAGCGGAAGUGUCAAAUCGAGAGAUCAAGUCCAUCAUUGAGAAGACGGUCACAAGUAGAAAAGACUGGAGUUUGCGUUUGGAUGAUGCCUUGUGGGCAUAUAGGACUGCAUAUAAGACGCCCAUUGGUAUGUCACCUUUUCGUUUGGUGUUUGGGAAAGCAUGCCAUCUUCCAGUUGAGUUAGAACACAAGGCUUAUUGGGCGAUCAAGAGUUUUAACAUGAAGUGGAUGAAAGUGGAGAACAUAGGAAGUUGCAAGUGCAAGAGUUAG